AUGCUCUUCGUAUCGGACUUUGAACUGGUAUGCUUCUCUUUCACUGUCGUCGUAGCCGAUGACGGCAGUAUGCUUUGGUGUAGAGAGGAAAUGUUGACGGAAUCCGUAAAAUUUACCGACCUGUGCGUGCUACUGUCAAAACUUCGCGAUGCUAAAGGCGCUAAUGCUUCAGCUAUUCGAAAAAAGACGUUUGAGAAGUUUCUAGAGAACUGCCGUACUAAAUGUGAAGAUGACGAAGAUGUCGAAACGGCUAUCCAUCCGAUACUUCGACUCAUACUGAGUACAAAAGACGAGAGAAGCUUGAAUAUCAAACGGAAGAAACUAGUUGAUCGAGUCUGUAAAGCACUCGCCUUAUCAUCUUCUGAUGUACCAAGGGCUAGCGUCUCGAAUGCCACGAGAGUAUGCGAAGUGCUGGCGUCAGAAGUAUCUUCACGAAUUGCUCCCGAUGAUUUCGAACAUUUGUCGAUUUCUGAGAUCAACGAAAGGCUGGAUCGUAUGAGUGACAUCUCAGGUUCGGAUGAUCUCCAAUAUCUUUUCAAAAAUUGCUCUCGAGAAGAAUUGUUCUGGUUAUUCAACGUGAUGAUAAAGAAUUCAACGAUCGGUGUGGCAACGAACAUAAUCCUGUCGUGGUUGGGCCCCGAAGCCGUCAAUCGAUGGAAUGCUGCAAGGGAUCUUAGCGAAGUUGCAGCUCCUUCCGCUAGUGCGGAGUCUCCGUUAGGCGCCAAUUUUCGUCCAAUGCUGCUGGCUCGGCUGCCCAAAGAUGGCUGGUGGGAGGUG